AUGCCGGUGCUGCUCUCUCCACCUGAGUGGGAUCACCGUUUCCCUCGCUCCGACAACGACUUUUCAGCCUCCGCGAUGAUUGUCCUCCCGCCUCCCUCCUCCUCCGCGCCGAUAAUCUCGGAAAUGCUUACCCGCCUCGGAGAUCGUAAGGGGAAGACCCCGCCGGCGUUGCUAACCUCUCCUCGCCGGCCGGAACCACCGGACCCCCCGGAUCCACCGGAUCCGCUGGUUCCACCUUCCCCACAUCCAUCACCGUCUUCCCUACCGUCCUCCCCUUCCCGCUCCCGGAGUUUCUCCCCUGCUGCUCCGUUCGAUUCGCCGGACCUGCCUCUCCAGCCGUCUCUUCCCCCUACCUUUGCUCCCUUCCGAUGA